AUGGUUCUACACCGGAACCUGGAUCCGGACAUGGACCCUAACAUGGACCGGGACAUGGACCGGGACAGGGGGCUUGAAGGCCGGGUGCCGACCGACGCGGAGCCGGAGCCGAGUGUUGAGGACAUACCGGACACGCAGGAGAUUGAUUUUGUCACAUUGGGCAUGUUCAUUAUUGAUGAGAUCGAGUUCCUCCCUCCCAAACCCGCCGUCCGCGACAUCCUCGGCGGCGCCGGCACCUACUCCGCCCUCGGCGCCCGCCUUUUCUCCCCACCCCCAACAUCCAAGACAGUCGGCUGGAUAGUCGACCAGGGCUCCGACUUCCCCCCCACCAUCGCCUCCGAACUCACCAGCUGGCAAACCUCAGCCCUCUUCCGCCACGACCCCUCCCGCCUCACCACCCGCGCCUGGAACGGCUACACCGACGCCUCGGAACACCGCGCCUUCCGCUACACCACCCCCAAAAAGCGCCUCACCGCCACCGACCUCACCCCCCCCCUCCUCCAAGCCAAAGCCAUCCACCUGAUCUGCAGCCCGCAACGGUGCCAAGACCUCAUCACCACGCUCCUCGCCCGGCGCAAAGCCGCCUACCUGGCCUCGCCCCCCGCGCACGACCCGCACGGGGAGGGCUACACGCGGCCCUUGGUGAUCUGGGAGCCCGUGCCGGACCGGUGCGUGCCGGAGGAGCUGCUGGCGUGCACCAACACGCUGCCGCUGGUGGACGUGUGCUCGCCCAACCACGCCGAGCUGGCGGGCUUCAUGGGCGGCGACGGGCUGGACCCGGCCACGGGCGCCAUCAGCGCUGCGGCCGUCGAGCGAGCCUGCGAGCAGCUGCUCGCCAGCAUGCCGCUGCAGAGCUAUACGCUGGUGGUGCGCGCGGGCGAGCGCGGGUGCUUUGUGGCGCGCAAUGGGGGGCGGAAGAAGAAGGUGGUGACUGGGGGUGGUGAGGGUGGAGGGGAUGGUGUCUCCGGGGGGGUGGGCGGCGCGGCUGGGGUGAAGAAGCCAAAGAAGAAGGAGUAUAUUCGGGGUGGGCUGCGGCCGGACACGGAUAUGGAGGCGUUGUUUGCGGGGCUGAUGCAGGAUGAGGAAGGGUGUGUUGCGCGCGAGGAGAUCGAGAUCGAUCCCGGGGUUGAGAAGUGGGUGCCUGCGUACUAUGGAGAGGGCUACAGCGGGGCGGAUGCUGCGGAGAGGGUGGUCGACCCGACGGGGGGCGGGAAUACCUUCCUCGGCGGCUUGUCCGUGGCCCUGGCGAGGGGCAAGUCGAUCGAGGAGGCGUGUGCGUGGGGCCAUGUUGCGGCUAGCUUUGCCAUCGAGCAGGUGGGCUUUCCCGUGUUGAGUGUGGACGAGGAAGGGCGGGAGAUGUGGAACGGUGUGAGGGUGGAAGACAGGCUACGGGAGUUUCAGGAACGGCCUGGACCUGCUCUUGGAUAG